UUUACAAAUCCUCUUCUCUUUUAAAAACAUGGCGCCAUUAAAGAAACUCUCAUUCCUCAGCAUACUGCAACGUCGAAGAACUCACUUCAUGUUCACAACCUUUCUUGCUCUUUUCUCUCUCCUCAUCUUACGUAAUUCCUCCAUAACUCCCAAAUCUUUAACUUCCAUUACAUACUCCACAUCUCCAUCUGUAUCCUCUGCAACUUUUCACCUUCUUUCCGCUACCAACUACAUUUCUUCUCUUUCCUCCAUCAAUACAAAUCAUGAAAAUACUCAUGAUCAAAAUGGGUCUAUCUUGGUGGAUCCACCGGGUCCAACUAAAUAUGGGUCGCAAUUUGCAAAUAAUUUUACUUCUGUUCAGAGAAAUACAGGGGAAAAAGACAGGAGAUUUGAUAAAACGAAGAAAGAUUCUUGUGAUAUAUUUGAUGGGAAAUGGGUUUUAGAUGAUUCCGACCCGAUUUACUCACCUGGGUCUUGCCCGUUUCUUGAUUAUACCUUCAAUUGCUUUAAUAAUGGCCGUUCUGAUCUUGGUUAUUUGAGCUAUAAAUGGCAACCUAAUGGGUGUGAUAUCCCCAGAUUUGAUGGGAGGAAAAUGUUGGAUAUGUUGAGAGGAAAAAGAAUGGUAUUUGUUGGAGAUUCACUGAAUAGAAAUAUGUGGCAAUCUCUGAUUUGUUCUCUAAGAAUGUCUUUGGUUGAUAAGAAGAGAAUGGUUGAAGUUUCUCAAGUAAGAAAAUUUAGAACUGAAGGGUUUUAUUCUUUCAAAGUCAAGGAUUAUAAUUGCACCAUAGAGUUCAUAAGAUCACCAUUCUUAGUUCAAGAAUGGAAAGUUCCAAGUAUUAAAGGGGGAGCAAAGCGAAGAGAGAUGCUAAGACUUGAUUUGAUUCAAGCUACAACUUCUAAGUACCAUGAUGCUGAUUUCCUCAUUUUUAAUACUGGACAUUGGUGGACUCACCAUAAAACAAGAAAUGGGAAGAAUUUCUUUCUGGAGGGUAAUUUUGUGCAUUCUGAACUGAAUGUCACAGAAGCAUACACAAAAGCCUUAAAAACUUGGGCCAAGUGGGUUGACAAAAAUGUCAACAAGAAAAAAACUCAGGUCUUCUUUGCUGGUUAUUCUGCUUCUCAUUUCAGAGGAGGACAGUGGAAUUCAGGUGGGAAUUGUGAUGGAGAAACAGAACCAAUAAGAAAUGACACACACCUAGCACCAUAUCCAUGGAUGAUGAAGAUUUUGGAAUCAAUGAUCUCAGAAAUGAAGACACCAGUGGUGUAUCUCAACAUUACUAAGAUGACUGGUUACAGAAAAGAUGCACACCCAUCAAUAUACAGGCAACCAGGGACUCGUAGGCGGCAUGGCAUGAUUCAAGAUUGUAGCCAUUGGUGUCUUCCUGGGGUUCCUGACUCAUGGAACCACCUUCUCUAUGCUUCUUUGUUCAUGUCUUCCCAAAGCUCUAUUAGAACCCAAUAGCUUUUUCUUUUUUUUUUUCCCUUUUCCUUUAUUUGUUGUAGGGUAAUGUGAAAAACAUGUUUGCCGAUUCGAUGAUAAAUUUGUUAUUAAGCUUGUACACAAAAUCCAUAUAAAAAGAGAGUUAAU